GGCAGUUGUCCAUAGCAACCAAUCAAAUUGCUCCUUUCAUUUUCACAGGCCUCUUUAACAAUGGAAGCAGCAAUCUAAUUGGUUGCUUCGGGCAACUGCACUAAUCUUCCUCUACACAGAUUUUGUAAUCUCCCACAUUAUGUACUGACUGAACAGACUGUAGCAAGAUCCCGGUAUGAUCAGCUCAGGUCCCCCUCAGACAGAGGCAAAGCAUUUUUUUUUUUUUUUUAUAAAUGCCAUUGGCGGCAACCGUUUGGCCACACCCAUCUUUUGUAGCUGGGCAACGCUGACCAUCACGUGCCACUCGAAUGGUGCCGCCCUCUAUAAUUAACCCCUUAUCUCCUCGAAUGAUACACAGCAGUUAAGUGGAAGCAGACUAGGGCGGAGAGUGAACCUGGGCGGGGAGGAGAACACCCUCUCAAUCUGACCCUUCGCUUCCGAGUUGCGUUCACUUUGCUGGCUGAGAACUCGGGCGAGGGGCUGCCAGGAGGUGACUGUUUUGGGCGUGAGUGCUUGACAUUGUCGGCAUACAACCUGCCUGCUCACUUCUUCCAGCCCGACGCAGCCAAGAUGCCCACCAACUUUACUGUGAUCCCAGUGGAGCAACAGGAGGAUGCUAUGGAGAGUGAGGUGGCGGGCCAGGAGGGGAGGACAGGCAAUGGACCGAGGUAUCCCAGUGAGGAAUCCUUGUUGGGGGAUGGCAAUCCUAGAGAAAAUAGUCCCUUCUUUCAGAAUGAAAUGGACAAAGACAACUUAUAUGAUGGAAAAAACAUGGCACUUUUUGAGGAAGAAAUGGAUAGUAACCCAAUGGUAUCAUCACUUUUAAACAAACUUGCAAAUUACACAAACUUACCACAAGGAGUUAAAGAACAUGAAGAGUACGACGAUCGCAAGAGGAAAGAAAUGAAGGAAACUCGAAUGGGGACAUUCAUUGGAGUAUACUUGCCUUGCUUACAAAACAUUCUUGGCGUCAUUCUUUUUCUGAGAUUGACCUGGAUAGUUGGAACUGCAGGAGUUCUAGAGUCUUUCUGCAUCGUCCUGAUGUGCUGCUUAUGUACAAUGUUGACUGCCAUAUCUAUGAGUGCAAUUGCAACAAAUGGAGUUGUCCCAGCUGGCGGUUCGUACUACAUGAUAUCAAGAUCUUUAGGUCCAGAAUUUGGAGGAGCUGUUGGUCUUUGCUUCUACCUGGGAACCACCUUUGCUGGAGCAAUGUACAUUCUUGGUACAAUAGAGAUUCUUUUGACCUAUAUAUCACCGAACGCUGCUAUUUUUCCAAUAGAAAAAGAUGAUUCCCAUGCUAUGUUAAAUAAUAUGAGAAUUUAUGGCACAUGCAUCAUUGCCAUGAUGGCUAUAGUUGUUUUUGUUGGCGUUAAGUAUGUCAAUAAGCUCGCACUAGUUUUUCUUGCCUGUGUGAUACUGUCCAUUAUGGCUAUAUAUGCAGGAGUCAUCAAAUCAGCCUUUGAUCCACCAGAUUUACCGAUAUGCCUUCUUGGAAAUCGUGUAUUAGCCAAAAAGAACUUUGAAAUUUGUGCCAAAUAUAUUUCUAAUAAUACAAUUAAUGAAGCCCUUUGGAGUUUGUUCUGUGGAACUGAAAAUGACAGUACUACAUGUAAUUCAUACUUUAUUGCAAAUAACAUCACUGAAAUACAGGGAAUUCCUGGAGUUGCUAGUGGUGUUUUACUCGAUAAUCUUUGGAGUUCUUACAGUCAGCAAGGGUCUAUUGUUGAGCGAAACCAAACAUCAUCUGCAGGAGAAGGACAAAACUAUGUCUUGACAGACAUUAUGACUUAUUUCACACUGCUUGUUGGAAUAUACUUUCCAUCUGUAACAGGCAUCAUGGCUGGCUCCAACCGGUCUGGAGACUUAAAAGAUGCUCAGAAGUCUAUCCCAUUUGGAACAAUUUUGGCCAUUGCAACCACAUCUUUUAUCUAUCUUUCCUGUGUGCUUCUCUUUGGUGCAUGCAUUGAAGGUGCACUUCUACGUGACAAGUAUGGUGAAGCAGUCAGUGGCCAGCUUGUGAUAGGUACAUUGGCCUGGCCAUCUCCUUGGGUAAUUGUUAUUGGGUCCUUCUUUUCUACUUGUGGUGCUGGACUUCAAAGCCUGACAGGGGCCCCACGUUUACUACAAGCAAUUGCGAGAGAUGGAAUUGUGCCUUUUCUUCAGGUAUUUGGUCAUGGAAAAGGCAAUGGAGAACCAACAUGGGCUUUGUUGUUGACUGCUGGUAUUUGUGAAAUUGGAAUUUUAAUUGCAUCUUUGGAUAGCGUUGCACCAAUUCUGUCAAUGUUUUUCCUGAUGUGUUACAUGUUUGUUAACUUGGCUUGUGCAUUGCAAACAUUAUUGCGAACUCCAAAUUGGAGACCACGGUUUAAAUACUAUCACUGGACGCUUUCAUUUGUCGGGAUGAGCCUAUGCCUUGCUUUGAUGUUCAUUUGUUCCUGGUAUUAUGCAUUAGUUGCUAUGCUGAUAGCAGGAUGUAUUUAUAAGUAUAUUGAAUAUAGAGGGGCAGAAAAAGAAUGGGGAGAUGGAAUUCGAGGAUUAUCCUUAAAUGCUGCUCGAUAUGCUUUGCUUAGAGUUGAGCAUGGUGCAACACAUACUAAAAACUGGAGGCCUCAGAUUUUGGUGUUGGUAAACUUGGAUUCUGAGCAGAAUGUAAAGCAUCCCCGAAUUCUUUCACUGACCACUCAGCUGAAGGCUGGCAAGGGAUUAACAAUUGUUGGUUCUGUUCUUCAAGGGACUUUUCUGGAUAAACAUGUAGAUGCACAGAAAGGUGAAGAUAAUAUUAAAGCUUUAAUGACUACCGAGAAGACAAAAGGAUUUUGUCAGUUAGUUGUGUCACCCUGUGUAAGCGAUGGAUUGUCACACUUGAUUCAGUCAGCUGGUCUUGGUGGCAUGAAGCACAACACUGUAUUAAUGGCUUGGCCACAUUCAUGGAAGCAGCCAAACAAUCCUUACACCUGGAAAACUUUUGUUGACACUGUACGAGAUGCAACAACAGCUCAACAAGCUUUACUUGUGGCCAAAAAUAUAGAUAUGUUCCCUACUAACCAGGAGCGUUUUGCUGAAGGAAAUAUUGAUGUAUGGUGGAUUGUUCAUGAUGGUGGAAUGCUGAUGCUGCUGCCUUUCCUUUUACGCCAACAUAAGGUUUGGAAAAAGUGCAGGAUGCGGAUAUUUACUGUUGCCCAAAUGGCUGAUAAUAGCAUUCAGAUGAAGAAAGAUCUUCAGAUGUUCCUGUAUCAUCUCCGCCUGGAUGCUGAAGUUGAAGUCGUUGAAAUGUUUGAAAAUGACAUUUCAGCAUUUACAUAUGAGAAGACUCUAGUGAUGGAACAGAGAUCACAAAUGCUUAAGCAAAUGCAACUAUCUAAGAACGAGAGAGAGAGAGAGGCUCAGCUUAUCCAUGACAGGAAUACUGCAUCGCAUUCUGCAGUGACUACCAAAUCAAGUUAUGUGGCACCAGAAAAAGUUCAGAUGACAUGGACCAAAGAAAAACUUAUUGCUGAGAAGCACAAAGUUAAAGAUCUGAAUGCAACAGGAUACAGAGAUAUAUUUAACAUGAAACCAAAUCAGUCAAAUGUUAGAAGAAUGCACACUGCAGUGAAAUUGAAUGAAGUUGUGUUGAACAGAUCUCAGCAUGCACAGCUUGUGUUACUGAAUAUGCCUGGACCACCCAAGAAUAAAAAAGGUGAUGAAAACUAUAUGGAAUUUUUAGAAGUCUUAAUUGAAGGCUUAAAUAGAGUAAUGCUUGUACGUGGUGGCGGAAGAGAAGUUAUUACCAUUUAUUCAUAAUUGUCCCAUGAGGAAAAUAACAAAAAGAAUACUGCAAAAAGAAGGAAAAGUUCCAGACAGAGUUAAAAUAAAGGCACAAACACUGUUAUUUAAUAUACUUGAAGUGAGGCACAAGACAACCACUGGUCUGACAUACACUCCAACCAAUGUUAAUACAUCACAGUAAGCAGUAUAUAUCUAUUUGCCAUGGUCCUUCCCUUCCAGUUAUAACCGUGGUGAUAUAUUUAUUUAGUAUAUUACAUUAAAGGGGUACUCCGGAGGAAUUUUUUUUUUUUUUUAUCAACUGGUGCCAAAAAGUAAACAGAUUUGUAAAUUACUGCUAUUUAAAAAUCUUAAUCCUUCAGUACUUCCAGUAUCAACUGCUGUAUGCUCCAGAGGAAGUUCUUUUCUUUUAAAAUUUUCCUUUCUGUCUGACCAUAGUGCUCCCUGCUGACAUCUCUGUCCAUGUCAGGAACUGUCCAGAGCAGGAUAGGUUUGCUAUGGGGAUUUGCUUGUACUCUGGAUAGUUCCUGAAAUGAAUAGAGGUGUCAGCAGAGGUGUAUGUGUACUGAUAAGUACUGGAAGGAUUAAGAUAUUUAAAUAGAAGUAAUUUACCACUGGAGUACCACUUUAACGUGAUCUUUUAGUUUUUUUUUGUUUUUUAGUUCUCAUCAUUUCAGAAUUCACAACAAUGCAGUAAAAUGGGCAUGCAAAAAGGUAUCCAAAAGUAAAUUGUAUUACCACAAACAUUUUUAUUCACUGUUAUUGUUUUCAGCUGUUAGUGAUCUGUGAUGCAGUAAUCUACUACAACUGUAAAAAAAAAAAAAAAAAAAGAAAUCAUUUUUUUUAAAACUUUUUUCUGAAACAAUAAUUUGUUUACAGCACAAAGUGUGCACUGCUGGUUGAAAUUUCAGUGUAAAUACUGCAAUACUGCAAAUUACUCCUACAAAGUAAUUUGCUAUUGAUAUCACAAAUUGCAAUUUUUGUGAAAAUAUACAAUUGCACUAUUAGGCUAGGACUCCACUGAGAUUUUUGCCCCGCGAUUUUUGUGGCAUUAAAACGCCAGAAAAACUGCCACAGUUUUUCCCUGCGUUUUGGCGUUUUUUCUGGCAUUUUUUCUUGCGUUUUUACCUUUGUGUGGAAUUUGCCUUUUUUGGCCCCCAUUGGCAUUUGGGUACCAAAAAAAAAAGGAUGCAGUAGAGAUGUAAAAAUUUAUUUAACUAAAUGUUUAUUUUUUAUCACAAAAUUUGAAUACAUUUUUUUAUAAAGUGUGUGUGUGUUUAACUUAUUUUUUUAUUUUACAUUUUUUAUGUUUUACUACUACUCCCAGCAUGGAACACACUGUUCCAUGCUGGGAGUAGUAGUACCUGUACUAUAGACAUAACGCCCCGGGUGUAAGUCUGACACCCGAUGCGAUCGUCCAUUAUAUAGCAGAGAAGCAAGCGGGUCUAUACAGCGCUCGCACCUCUGCUCUGUACUCUGAGUGAUGUUCUAUUCACAUCACUGGCCGUUCAUAUUUUCCGCCCAGAGCUGUGAUUGGCCGGAUGGUUGAAGCCAAUCACAGCUCUGAGGGAAAUAUGAAUGAGUGAGUGGCCGGCCCGGAGUAUAGUACAGAGCAGGGAUACGAGCGCUGUAUACAGUCGCUCCAUCUCUGCUUUAGACAGGACUAUCGCAGCGGGUGUCAGUAGUGACACCCGCUGUGAUGUGUCCUUAACUGCAGGUACUCCUACUCCCAACAUGGAGCACACUCAUCUCCAUGCUGGGAGCUGUAGUACCUGCAUUAAUAGACAGAG